AUGACAUCUGAAAGUGGUAAACAACUCCGUGAGCUGGUGGACGGGUGCAAACGGCACGUAAGUGCUUUAAACUUCCACGAGUUCCCGAUGGCUGGCCUUGCGGACAUUCUGGUGGUCAACAUUUUGGCGUCGAAGCUUGACAUCGAGACGAGGAAAGUGUGGGAGACAAGCAUCGAGCACGGCGAGAUUCCGAACUACGCCGACACGGUGAAGUUUCUCACAACCCGGAGUCAAGUUUUGGAACGCAUCGAGCUUGCUGACAACAAGCUGAAGAAGCCUGUCGCAGCAAAGACAACGAAGAUUCCCGCACUGAAGGCAUCGUCCCUGGCGGCGUCGGUCGAGUACCGGUGCGCAUUUUGCGGACAGGAGCACCAGAACCACGAGUGCGGCGAAUAUCUCAAGCUGGAUCCGAAGGAGCGCUACGAGAAGGCGAAGCAAACUGGAGUUUGUUUCAAUUGCUUAAAGAAGGGGCACAUUACGCGUCGCUGCUCCUCGACGAAGACGUGCAAGACCUGCAAGAAGCGGCACCAUUCUACACUACAUCUGAACGAAACGGGUGUCGCUGUCGAGCAGCCACUUGCACGAUCCACGCAGAACUCCACGACGGCUACGCCGAGCGCAGGACCAGCCGGAACGACGGCGGUCACUGCCUCCUGUGUGAUCUACCAACAACGAGCGCUUCUCUGCACGGCGAUUGUGAACAUCCUCGACGACGGUGGCAAGGCCCUGCCCUGCCGCGUACUGCUAGAUUGCGGUUCACAAGUGAAUCUGUGUACGGAGAAGGUCGCGUCGCUACUUCGACUGAAGCGACGAAGUGUGAACGUCGACGUCAAAGGUGUGGAUGGUUCAACGACCAGGGUUACGGCCUUGGUGCACAUCAACGUGCAGUCCCGAGACAACGUCUACACAAGCAGCUUGGAGUGUCUGGUGAUCAACCGUAUUACUGGAACCAUACCUGCGAAGAACAUCGACAUCUCUACCUGGCCGGUACCCGCCGGCCUGCAGCUAGCGGAUCCGGAGUUCUACCGCCCUCAACGGGUGGACAUGCUGAUUGGCGUCGGCCAAUUCUUCGGUCUCCUGAAAACUGGUAAGGUCAAGCUGGCAGAGAGCCUGCCGUUUUUGCAGGAGACAGUGUUCGGAUGGGUAGUCGGUGGCCUGGCCGACUCCACGAGCUGGAAGUACGAAGUGACCCGCUGCAACGUGGCGGUCCAAGACGCUGAGCUGAACGACCUCGUCGAACGGUUCUGGGAAUCCGAGGCGGUGCCGACCGCUUCAAGGAUGUCGUCGGAGGAGACGGCAUGCGAGCAGUGCUACGAGCAGACCCACAGCCGUGACCCGAGCGGUCGCUACGUCGUGAUGCUACCCUUCCGUGGCAACGUGAGUCAACUCGGCGACUCGAAGCAGCACGCACUACAACGCUUCUCGUACCUCGAGAAGAAACUAGCCAAGAACGCGGACCUGAAGGCGGCCUACUGCGCUUUCAUGGAAGAGUACGUGCGCCUCGGCCACUGCCGCGAAAUCGAUCCGUCCAAGGAGGAAGAUGGUGGGUACUACCUGCCCCACCAUGCCAUACUGAAGCCAAGUUCGUCCACCACCAAGUUGCGCACAGUUUUUGACGCCUCGGCACAAACGAGUUCCGGGCUCUCGCUCAACGACACCUUGAUGGUCGGUCCAACCAUUCAAGAUCCGUUAUUCGAUAUCGCCCUUCGAUUCCGGACGUACCCGUACGUGUUUACGGCGGACAUCUCGAAGAUGUACAGAAUGGUUCGUGUGCACCCCGACCACACGAAGUUUCAACGUGUGUUUUGGAGAACGAACCCUUCCGAGUCACUCAAAACGCUCGAACUGUUGACCGUCACUUACGGGACGGCAUCAGCGCCAUACCUGGCGACCCGCACGUUGAAACAGCUCGCCCAAGACGAAGGACAAGCCUACCCUCGCGCUGCCAAUAUUUUGGAGAACGAUUUCUAUAUCGAUGACGCACUUGCGGGUGCUGAUACACUGAAGGAGUUGCUGCUGGCGCGCGACGAACUGGAGGAGCUGCUGGAGAAGGGAGGCUUUGAGCUCCACAAGCGGUGCUCCAAUUCCGCCGAGUUUCUUUACACUAUUCCAGACGAACGACGAGAGAAGCAAGUGUCAUUCGAAUUGAGUGGCGUGAACGAAAUGAUCAAGACUCUCGGCAUAUUGUGGAACCCCACCAGUGACCAACUGCUGUUCCGCGUCGCUCUCACUGACUUGACACAACCGGUUUCCAAACGUCGCAUCCUGUCGGAGGUUGCCAGAUCUUUUGACCCGCUAGGUCUGCAAGCACCGGUUUGUGUCACCGCUAAAUUGAUCCUGCGUCAGUGUUGGCGAAAGAAAGUGUCUUGGGACGAGCAACUGUGCAAGAUGCUUACGGAUCUAUGGAACAAAUUUCGUGGUGGACUGCGAGCACUGAUGGAGGUACAGAUCGAGCGCCGAGUCAUCGUGCCACACAAGGUGGCCCUGGAGCUGCACGCAUUUUCGGAUGCAUCGCUGGAAGCUUACGGCACGUGCGUCUACGUGCGUAACAUCCUGGCGAACAACACAGCAGUAGCCUACUUGCUGUGCAGCAAGUCGCACUUGGCGCCCAAAGAGACGAUCCCGAAACUCGAACUGUGCGGCUUCCGGCUGAUGUCAAGGUUGGUGUCCAGGGUAGUGAAAGCACUCAAGGUGAAAUUCACUCGGAAGGUGCUGUACAGUGACUCGACGAUUGUACUGGGAUGGUUGGCCAAGUCCCCAAGCGAGCUCGAAACGUACGUGGCAAACCGAGUUGCCGAAAUCCACGAGCUUACCCCGAGGGCCGACUACGAGUACAAGUACGUGCGAAGCAGCGCCAACCCCGCAGACCUCGUAUCACGAGGACUCUUCCCGGAAGCACUGAUUGGGAAUCGCUUCUGGUUCCAUGGCGGGUUCCUCGAAGAAAACGACUACCAAGAAGACGAGAUGGCCAUCGUAGUCGAACUACCCGAAGUACGAGUUGCAGCCGUUGUGAUAACCGACGAACAAGAAGAAGACUACAACAGGAUCUUCACACGGUUCAGCUCGUUCCGCAAACUACAACGAGUGCUAGCCUACGUGAUUCGCUUUUGCAACAAGACCCGGAAGCGAUCCACGUACGGAGACAACGAGAAGUACCCAACCAUACCCGAACUACGAUCGUCGCUGCGCUCGAUUGUGUACAUGGUCCAGCAGCAACGAAUGCAGACAGACAUCCAAGAAGUGCUGAAGAAGCAAGGCAAGCCGAACGAGAGGUACACUGGCCGACUACGAAGCUUGAAUCCUUGGGUCGACACCUACGGCAUUCUACGAGUCAACGGACGGAUCAAGUACGCCAACGUGUCGUACGAGCAGCGGUGCCCGGCCAUACUGCCUGCCGAGCAUCCAGUAACGGAGAUCCUGAUUCAAGCUGUCCACGAGGAGAAUCUGCACGUCGGACCGAGCGGAACUCUAUCGGUUCUGCGGCAACGGUACUGGAUCCUGAACGGACGAAACGCGAUCCGCGCAAAGUUGCGGAAGUGCGUACGGUGCUUCAAGGUGGACCCGUCGGAGACCAAACUGUUCAUGGGAGACCUGCCCAGCUACAGAGUGACCCAGGCCUACCCAUUUGAACGAGUUGGCGUUGACUUCGCUGGACCAAUCUACGUACGCAAAGGGCACCCGCGCAAACCAGUGUACUGCAAGGCGUACGUGGCAUUGUUUGUGUGCAUGGUCACGAAGUGCAUCCACAUCGAGCUGGUGUCAAACUUAACGACGGAUGCAUUCAUUGCCGCCCUGCACCGAUUUGUCGCUCGUCGCGGCCUUCCCUCCGACCUGUACGCGCUGCUGACGCAGCAGCUGACGAAGGAUGCGCUUCAAGAGUUUUGCCUGCCCAAGGAAAUUCGCUGGCAUUUUAUCCCACCACGGUCGCCGCACGUAGGAGGUUUGUGGGAAGCCGGCGUGAAGCCGGCGAAGCACCUGAUCAAGCGGAACGCAGGUGAAACGAAGCUGACAGAAGAGGAGUGGUCCACACUACUAACGCAGAUUGAAGGCAUACUUAACUCGCGGCCGUUGGUGCCGCAGACGGCGGACCCUGGUGACCUCAACGUGAUCACGCCCGGUCAUUUGCCGCCCAUUCAACGCGAUCCCGGAGCCGGCGUACGAUCAACUCAAGCCUGGAACGCUGACACGGUGGCAGCACCUGCAGAAGAUGCGAGCUGA